UAGUGAAGAACCCCGACCGUCGUCGCUGCCGUGACGAUGCCUUGCGUAUGCUUCAGGAUGAGUAGAUGGAGAGGCAGCCUCGGCCUCGGUUGUUCCUUCCCAUUCACGCUGGGCCCUGCAGCUCGCUUGGCGCCUCCCUCCUUUCCCCUUCUUUGCUUCAUCACGUCUGCACUUUUGUCGCCGGCGUUGGGCUUUUGCUUCUCGUCGCUCGAUGUAAUCUCCAGAUGGAGGAGAACGUCACUCGCUGAUCGAGCCCGACAAUCUGUGGAGAUGGGCCAAACACGUGUGAGAGGCGCGUCGAUUUUCGCGUCGUCCAAAAGUGACACUCUCAACUGCACUGACUGCACCUUGGCGAAGAUGGGAUUGCUGGACGACUUGGACGACCUGGCCCCGGCGUCGUCUUCCCAAUCAAGCACUAGGGCGGCAGGGCCCAGUCAAGUACGGGAUUCCUCCGCUGCGGGCCAGUCGGUGCAGAGUAAGAAGCAGAGACUACAGCGACGAUCACGUUCCCCGGCAGAUUCAGGACCCAGCUCCCAAGAGCCUCUUCGACCAGACUAUCAUGCAUGGUCCAUCCCCGAUCUACAGGCCAAAGCAGCUCAAUAUGGCUUCCGCCCUGUCAAGAGUCGAUCUGUCCUCGAGGAACAGCUAUACCAGGUCUGGGAUGCCCUUCACAGACGCAAAAGUGCAGCUGAGCAGGACGAUCCUGCAGAGAUCUCGAUCUGCUCCUCGUCAAAUCCCUCGACGCUGGGCGAUACUACAGUAGGAGCUAGCGGAUCAGUGACGGGCGGCGACAUCGGUGAUUUGACGAAUCGGCUCAUGGAAGAGAUGACUUCUGACGACGACGACGACGACGACGACGAUGCAGAACUUGAUGACGACGAAGGAAGACGAGCGGAAGAAGAAGAGAAUGGUCGAAGAAGCGAAGGAGAAGAUGAGUUGCCGGAGCCGUCUCCAAUCAACGUGCCCCAGACGCUAUCGCAACAAUUGCACAGAGCCAUCACGUCGGACGCAGAUUUGUACAAGCGUAUCCUUCUCUUUGAGCCAAUUUCCUUUGACGAGAUCUCCAGCACGGCCAAGAGAGCGGGUGUCAAGGGCUUGCGUAGCAAAGAGGCGCUCAGAACUUGGCUUGAUCGGCAAGGCAUCUGCCACUAUUCGGGAGAAUUGACGGGCCAGCGAGUUCGCUAUUGAAGUCGGUGCUUCCAUUGUAUACUACUACUGCUACUAUAUAACUACUCGUACAAGAAUGCAUUUUACAACAU